AUGGAUGUCGGCUGUUCACCGACUUCCGAAGAGAUCACUGCUUCACUUCCAGACGUCGGUCCUGUACAAUUACCAAAAGGAAAAAUAGUUGGCCAAAGAUGGAGGAUUGUAAAGAAGCUUGGUGAAGGCGGAUGCGGCUCUGUCUAUAAAGUGCAAGAUAUCAAAAAUCACAAUGCUGAAGCUGCUUUGAAAGCUGAAUCAAACUUUGUAGCAGGUGGAACAGUCUUGAAAUUGGAAGUACAGGUUGACGAAAACGCUAUCAGUAUCCAUAUUCUCUGA